UGGGCGCACUGCGCUCCCCGACAUGGAUUGGCCAAAGUCGGGGAGUGAGGCGGGAUUGGGAGGCGGGUUAAAGAGCGCGCAGCAGGUUGGGCCACGAGUGUCAAAGAAGGUUCAAUGGCGUGGCAGGGACUGGCGGCCGAGUUCCUGCAGGUGCCAGCGGUGACGCGGACCUACACCGCGGCCUGUGUCCUUACCACCGCUGCUGUGCAACUGGAGCUCCUCAGCCCCUUCCAGCUCUAUUUCAACCCGCACCUCGUGUUCCGGAAGUUUCAGGUCUGGAGGCUCGUCACCAACUUCCUCUUCUUUGGGCCCCUGGGAUUCAGCUUCUUCUUCAACAUGCUCUUCGUGUUUCGCUACUGCCGCAUGCUGGAGGAGGGCUCCUUCCGUGGCCGCACGGCCGACUUCGUCUUCAUGUUUCUCUUCGGGGGCGUCCUCAUGACCCUGCUGGGGCUCCUGGGCAGCCUGUUCUUCUUGGGCCAGGCCCUCACUGUCAUGCUGGUGUAUGUCUGGAGCCGCCGCAACCCCCGAGUGAGGGUCAACUUCUUUGGCCUCCUCACCUUCCAGGCACCAUUCCUGCCCUGGGCACUCAUGGGUUUCUCACUGCUGCUGGGCAACUCAAUCCUUGUCGACCUGCUGGGGAUUGCUGUGGGCCACAUUUACUACUUCCUAGAGGAUGUUUUCCCCAACCAGCCUGGAGGCAAGAGGUUGCUGCUGACCCCCAAUUUCCUCCGGGCGGCCUGCACCUGUCUCUUGAGGCCCAGCACCCCCAGAAGGCUGGCCCUGCUCCACUGCAGCCCUAUCAAGUGUCUGCCCACCUCAGCCUGGAGCCCUGCACAGCACAGUUCCCUCUGAGAAGACUGAAGGCAGGCAGGGCCCAGGGGAGGCAGGGUAGGACACUGACAGAAUAAAAGUGGAUGGACCCCUGAUCUGUGGCCUUGCUUCUGGUACCUCAUUUGGAAAAUAGGAACAAUUACAGGGCUGUGAGAGCUCUUCAGAGGAUUACUAUUAUUUAAAACAGCCAACAUAUGUCCACUGAGGGGGCUCCCUAGGUGCCAGGAGCCUUGUCACGCAGUCUCCCUGGAACUUGUGCCCAAGGUUGUGUGAGUGGCCAGCUAGAGAGGGAUGUCCACCCAGGCCUGACAAGAGGCUGUGCCCCUCACACUGCCAGCUGGCACACAGCAGCUGAGGGCUUGUUCUGGCUUCCCUUGUGUGCUAGUGUCCUCAUCCUGAUUCUCAAGGACCGGGAGCAGACAGGGCCCAGCCUGGUGCAUGCACUAAGGCUGUCACCACAACCCAGAACUGCCCCUGGCUCCCCUGCAGAAGCAGGGCUCACUUCUUCCUGCUGAGCUAGGUCCCCAAAGCCCAAGCUUGUGCUGGUGACUCAGAGGCUAGUGACAAGAGCAGCACCAGCCCCCACCCGUGGUACCCUGGGGCCAACCCUCCUCAGCAGCUCCUGAGAGCUCUUCUCCAGCCAGUGUGGUGGUUUGGCAAUCCUGAACCACCCAGCCACAGACCCAAACAUCAUUCCUCACCUCAAGGGCUCCCAGCCACCUUCCUUGGGAGGGCAGACAUGAAAGGCGCCAAGCCCACGCUGAGGGAAGCAAAACAUGUUUUCCUCUUAAUUUAAACAAGGGCUUGUGAGUAGGUCCUGGAGGCCCCUUUGUUUACCUUCCCUUGGCUCUGGGAAGAUUCCACUCCAGUGGGUUUGUCCUAAAAUAAGAACUGCUCAAUCCAACCAUGUAAGAAUGGGCCGAGAGCCAGCAGGGCUCUCGGGUUUGGGACAAACACACAGGCAGGGGUCACCUUGCCUCCCCCUCCUUUGACGGGAUUCUGCAUCAUGGACUUCAAGGCUCCCUGUGAUCCCAGAUGUUCCUACCACCCUGCAGAGUCCAGGUGGGGACACAGAGCCUAGGCAGGGGAGGGCUGUGGCGGAGAUGUCCGAGGGCCCAGGGCCGUAGCUUGUAGGGUAUCUCAGUAUGGGCUCACUUUUAUGCCCUCACAUGAUACAAAAUGCCAGCCAAGAACCACUGCUCUACCCACUUUACAAAUGAGAAGGACAGAGCCUUCAAGGGAAAUGACCUACCCGCCCAUGGCCACUCCACUGGGAGGAGGGGGAGAGAAAACUCAACAGCACCCUCCUCUUUAUGGCCAACUGGCUUUUGACAAGGGUACCAAAGUCCAUACAAUGGGGAAAGACCAGUCUUUCCAACAAAUGGGCACUGGGACAAGAUGACCUUGGAUUAGGCAGAGGUUCUGUAGGUAUCAUAUUAAAAAGCACAGGCAAGGGGUGCCUGGCUGGCUCAGUUGGGACAGCAUAGGACUCUUGAUGUCAGGGUUGUUGAGUUCGAGCCCCACCCUGGGUGUAGAGAUGACUUAAAAAUAAAAUCUUAAAAAAAUUUUUUUUAAAAGCACGGGCAACCGAAGAAAAAAUAAAGUGGACUACACCAAAAUUUAAAGCUUCUGUGCUUCAAGGGACACUGUCAUGAAAGUGAAAAGACAAGCUACAACGUGGUAGAAAGUAUUUGUAAACUGUACCUCUGAUAAGGAACUUGUACCUACAAUAUGUAAAGAACACUUACAACUCAAUAAUAAAAAUACAAAUAGCCCAAUUAAAAACUGAGGGACCUGAGCAGCUAUUUUUCUAAAGAUGAUAUACAAAUGCCCAAUGGCACCUGAGAAGAUGCUUCAUCAUCAUUUGUCAGUGGGGAAAUGCAAAUCACGACCACAAUGAGAUGCCACUCCCUCCCCCUCCCCC